AUGACGAUCAUCGCAAUUGAAGUGGCUUUUGACUUUGUCUGCGCGUGGUGCUACAUUGGCAAGCGCAAAGUAGACCACGCCAUCACUCUUUACCAAAAGGCCUACCCAGGUGGAAAGAACGACACCUUCUCUAUCACGUGGAAGCCGUACUAUCUGCACUAUAACCCACAUCCUCACAGCGUCGAUAAGAGCGAGGUGGCGAAAGUCAGGUUGAGUGACAUGUCGCCAGAGAGGCAGGCUGCAUUGACACAGCGAAUGGAGCAGAUUGGCCGCUCUAUCGGCGUCAACUUCAGGUGGGGAGGCAAGAUCGGCCCUGACACGCGUGAUGCGCAUCGACUUGUGCGUCUGAGCCGGUCCGAAGACACCAGUGUGCAAAAUGCACUGAUCGAUGGCCUCUUUGCGGCGUAUCAUGAGCUUGAGCAGGACAUUUCUGACAUCAGAAUUCUUCAAAAUGUUGCGACUGGCGCUGGUAUGAGUGGUGUAGAUGUGGAAAAGUUUCUCCAAUCCACGAAGGGUCUUGAUGAAGUCAACGAGGAAGAGAUAAAGACCCGUGAGCUAGCUGGCGGCUCGGGUGUUCCGACCUUUGUUAUUCAAGGAGUCCACCGGUUGGAUGGCGCUCAGGAUCCAUCGGACUUCUACGAAGCGUUUGUCAAAGUGAAGGAGGCUGAACCGACGCAAGGCAUCUGA